CCGCGGUGCGCGCAGCUCGGCCGCACCAGCCGACACCAUGAUCAACACGUUCGCCUCGAUCGCCAAGAAUGUCAACAUCAAGCCGAAGCUCGUCAGCAUCGACAACCUCGUCUUCAAGCUGCACUACCGCGUCACCUUCCUGCUGCUGUUGGUGUGCACCAUCCUGGUGACGAGCCGCCAGUACAUCGGCGAGCAUAUCCGCUGCGUCAACGACAAAGCCAUCCCCAACAACGUGAUCGAGACGUUCUGCUUCUUCACGAGCACGUACACCGUGGUCCGCCACCUGGACCCAUCGUCCGUGCUGAGCGGCGCGCCGCUGCCUGGCGUGGGACCGUACGUGGAGGGCGAACCCAUCAUUCGACACGCCUACUACCAGUGGGUGCCGUUCGUGCUGUUUCUGCAGGCGUUCGCCUUCUACAUCCCUCACUGGAUAUGGCGCAACAAGGAAGGCGGACGGCUCAAGCUGGUCGUCAACAUGUUCGAGUUCGCUGCAUUGGCCGUCACUGACGAGGACGUCACCGUCAAUGGAAAGAAGAUACCGUCCCGAAAGGCACGAGAAGAGAAUAUAGCUGUGGUGAGGAAGGCGUUCCUGGAGCGUCUGCACCUGAACCGGCCGUGGGCGAUGUGGAUGGUGUUCUGCGAAGUGCUCAACGCGGUCAACCUGGUGGCACAGUUCGCGCUCACCAACGCCUUCCUGGGUGGGCAGUUCCUCUCGCUCGGGCCGAAGGUCGUCGAGACCAGCGGCGACGACGCCGACAUCCUAGACAUCGUAUUUCCCAAGGUGACGAAGUGCACCUUCCACAAAUACGGUCCGUCGGGCAGCCUGCAAAAGCACGACGCGCUGUGCGUGAUGGCGCUCAACAUCAUCAACGAGAAAAUAUACGUGUGCCUGUGGUUCUGGUUCGUCAUCCUGUCCGUGGCCACGGCGCUGGGUCUCCUCUGGCGCCUCUUCACGUUUGUCUUCCACUCGCGCAGCAACGCCUUCAACCGGCGCAUCUUCAAGCUGGCCACGCCCCAGCAACUGGAGCCGUACGAGAUGAUCACCGUCACCCGCAAGUGCUACUACUCCGACUGGCUCUUCCUCUACUACCUCGCCAAGAACCUUGACGGAUUCGUCUUCAAGGACAUCUUCGUCGGCCUCGCCAUAGAUUUCGACAACGCCGACACCAAAGCGCUCGAGGAUCUAGCCGACGGCGCCAGUUCAAAGGCUACUACUAUCGUCACCGAUGAGGAGAAGGAACCUCUUCAGGAGAAGAAAGACUCUUGAGUCUUCGGUGCGCUAGCAGCAGUCACUCCUUCUGCACAGGAACUGCUGUGAGGAAACAAAGACUGACAGUUGUGAAACGAAUCGACCCACUCGUUUACUGUUACUACCAAACUUGGAAUCGGGAACUCGUUAUUCACGUCAACGUGUUACAGAUUAUUUAGACGCUGCACGAUAAGCUGCGGUGUAGCAAUGGAUAUUUUUCAAUAUUAAUCUUCUGCGAAAUGCUGCACUUUGCAGUAUUUUCUAUAUUUUCUAUAUUCAGGAAACGAUCAAAUACUAGUCACGUAACAGCUUGUUUGUAACUCUCCACCCAAACCCUUUACUCUUUCUAUUCUUCUCAGACCUCUUCCCUUCAUCUUAGUCUCUCUAAGUGUGUGUGUGUUUGGACACGUGAUUAUCUGCAGGCAUCUGUGAACAUUCAUGAGCAUGUGCACACAUGUACGUACUUGUGUGACUAACACGAGUAUCGUUUUCAAGGUAUUUGGAAUUCUUUCUUUACAUUUUAUUUUUGAGAAAUGCAUAACUUUUAAGUUGCGAGAUUUUUUUUCUGCCAGAUUCAAUGUGAUUCUGUAAGUGACUCUGUGACAGUUUCAAAAUGUAAUUAACGAUGUUUUUCUAAAAAGAAUAAACCUUUAUUCAAU